CCGAAUUACUACUACUAAUACGACGCACGCUGUGUCUAAGUCCAAGUUGUUACACUGCAUAGGCCCGGAAUUAUUCUUCUUUUAUUGAAUAAUACAGAAAAAUGGGGAGAAAAGCUGGUUAUGACUCGAAGCCCAAGAAAGGUCCUGGAAGAAAAUCACGGAAACAGGCAGAACCAGUGUUUCCCUCUUCUGGAGAUGAGGAAUCCAAGAAGCUGAGUCGUCAUCAGCGUCAAAGAGCUAAAAAACGAGUGCUGAACAGAAACGAAAGUGAAGAACGCCCAGCAAAACUACAGAAAAAGAAUCAGAAAUUGCAAACGAAAGAAGAUAUUGAUGACACUGAUAGCGAUCAAGGUUUUGACAGUGAUGAUGAAAACCAGGUCACCUCUACUGUAGAAGAUAAAGAUUUACCGCUUACUAAGAAAUCCAAGAUGAAUAUUUUUGGUGAUAGUGAUCAAGAAGAGGAAAGUGAAGGUGAAGAAACAGAUGAUUAUGGAGUUGAUGGUGGGAGUGAUGAAGAUGAGGAUGAUAUCAUUAAACAAUCAAAGAAACUGGAGAAAAAGAAGAAAGCUGAAGAGGAAGCUGAAGAUGCCUAUAUGGAAGAAACAGCAGGCAAAAUGGCUGUUGAUAUUCCUACCCUUGAAGAAGUAGAAGAGGAACUGAAGGGAGAUAAAGUUGAUCUUCCCACAGUUCUUUCUCGCAUCAAAGAUACAGCAUAUGUGCUUGCUGAUUUUAGUAAAAGGCGAGAUCCAAAUCGCAGUCGAUCUGAAUAUAUGGCGAUAUUCUUAAAAGAUCUGUGCUUGUAUUACUCUUAUAAUGAGUUCUUGAUGGAAAAGUUAAGUGAACUUUUCAGUCCCUCUGAACUCUUGGAGUAUAUUGAAGCUAGUGAACUUCCAAGACCUGUUACUAUACGUACAAGCACGUUAAAGACUAGACGGAAAGCUCUUGCAGCUGCUCUCAUAGCCCGGGGAAUUGAUGUAGAUGUCAUUGGUUGGUCAAAAGUAGGGCUAGUGGUUAUGCGCACAGCUAGUAAUGCCACUCUUGGUGCAACGACUGAGUAUCUGGCUGGCCAUUACAUGAUACAGGGUGCUGCUAGUUUUCUUCCUGUUAUGGCAUUAGCUCCAAAGGAAGGAGAAAAGAUUUUGGAUAUGUGUGCUGCUCCAGGUGGAAAGACUACUCACAUAGCUGCCAUCAUGCGUAAUUCAGGAAUGCUCGUAUGCAAUGAUUUACACAGAGACCGUGUGAAGGCCCUUGUUGGUAAUUUGCACAGGAUGGGUAUUACAAAUGCCACCAUCACAUGUAAAGAUGGGAGAACUUUUCCCAAGAUGAUGCCUCUUUUCUUUGACCGAGUCCUUCUGGAUGCACCUUGUUCAGGUACGGGAGUUAUCAGCAAAGAUCAGGGUGUCAAGACAAGAAAAGACCUCAAAGACAUCCAGAGGUGUGGUCAUUUGCAGAAGGAGCUGCUCCUUGCUGCAAUUGAUGCCACUCAUAAGUUUGAUGGUCAGAGUGGUUACAUUGUGUAUUCAACCUGUUCAGUUUUGAUUGAUGAAAAUGAAAGUGUGAUUGAGUAUGCACUUCAGAAGAGGCAUGUAAAAUUGGUUCCAACAGGCCUGGAUAUUGGGAAGCCUGGAUUCGUUAACCACAGAGAAAAAAGAUUUAAUCCUUCAAUGCAUCUCUGUAAAAGACUCUACCCUCACACAUACAAUGUUGAUGGAUUCUUUGUUGCAAAAUUAAAGAAGCUUGCAAAUGGUGUUAAGAAUGCUGCAGAGGAGGAUAGUAUGAGUGGAGGAGCGUCAUGAAUUUGUUAACCUCAUACACAUGAAGUUUAUAUUAAUUUUUUGACAAAUAUAAGUGAUAGAAUUCCA